GUCCACGGAGAAUAGAGAGAGAGAGAGAGCGUGCAGGGGAGGGAGGAGGAACUAAAAGAAAAAAGUUCAAACUAAAAAUGGCUUCCUUGUCUUUGGAGUCUGCAGAACAAUCCGAGAAUAGCACGGAGGAGUCUACUCAAGAGGCCGCUCUGGUAAAAGAAGAGACGGAUCCGGAUGAAGUUUCAGAACAAUUGCUCAAAACUUUCCAGAACUCCGCGCUCAGCUUUUCGACAGAUCAAGUAGCAUGUCUGUGCGAAGCCCUUCUACAGGCGGGCAAUGUGGAUCGCCUGUGGAGAUUCCUAUCAACCAUCCCUCCUUCGGCCGAGCUGCUACGUGGCAACGAGACGCUGCUCAAGGCCCAGGCACUGGUCGCUUUCCACCGGGAAGAAUUCAAGGAGCUGUACGCAAUAUUGGAAAGCCACGACUUCCACCCCAGCAACCAUGGGUUCCUGCAGGACCUCUACUUGCAGGCGCGCUACAAGGAGGCAGAGAGGUCCCGAGGUCGUAGCCUGGGCGCCGUGGACAAGUAUCGGCUUCGGAAGAAGUUUCCCCUGCCGAAAACAAUCUGGGAUGGAGAGGAGACUGUGUAUUGUUUCAAAGAGAAGUCUCGAAAUGCACUGAAAGAGUGUUACAAAGGCAACAGGUAUCCCACUCCAGACGAGAAGAAAAACUUGGCCAAAGUGACUGGACUCUCCCUCACGCAAGUUAGCAAUUGGUUCAAGAACCGACGGCAGAGAGACCGAACCCCGUCCGGUACCAACAGCAAAAGUGAGUCCGAUGGUAACCACAGCACAGACGAUGAGGGUGAUGACAUCUCAGACAAACCAGAGGACAUUGUGGGCUCCACAGCCUCCAUCUCCCUCUCUGGCACCCCCUGCAGCACUGGAGGCCAGCUCUUCCUCAACGGGGCAGGUGGGUUCCUUACCGCCUCCCACCCCUUACUCAUCAACGGGGGCUCCCUGAUCUCCGGGGCAGGGGGUGGCGUCAUCAUCAACGGGCUGACCCUGAGCGAUGGUCACACGGUUACCCUCAGUCCCAUAUCGGCUAACUCACCUCUGCUCUUUAAUGGAGCGCAGGUCAUAUCCAAGAGCAGUGAGGAUAUGGGUCUUGAGGGCCAGGGGGUUAUGGCCAUGGAGGCCCAGCCCAGCUCUGCCAUCUCCCUCCCUCUGACAGAGGAUCUUAAGACGGACAAUGUAAGCCUGACGAACCCCUUAACCAUCCCCACCCUGGACUUCAUCAAUGUCCCAGAGGGGAUGGUUCUCAAAGCCGAGGACAUCCAGACAGUCUCUCCUUCCUCCUUGUCUUCCCCCUCAACAUUCUCCCCCACCUCCCUUUCCUCCCUGGUUCUGACUCAAAAUGGCUGCCUCUCCGACACCCUCACCCUUCCGGUCUCUAUAUCCUCUCCGGGCGUGGUCAUCUCCAGCCCUGUAGUGGGCCUCCCAGCCAGCAGGGGGGAGUAUGUGGUGUUUGCCACGGCUGGUUCUCAGCUCACCCCCUCCAGCUCCAUCUGCCAGGUGGUGUCCUCCUACAGCUACUCCACCCCACAGGUAUUCUCCCUGCCUCAGGUGGUGCCCUCCAUCCAGGGUGUCCCCGUAUCCCAACUGGUCCAACACACACCUGGAGGCCAGGUGUCCCAGUGUCCCCAGUUAAUCCCUGUGUCCCCCCUCACCUCCUCUCUCCCCCAGGGCACCCUCUCCCAGUUCAGGCCCACCAGACUCUGAACAUCGCCCCCCCGCCUCGCCCAACCCCUCCCCCAGCAUCAUACUAGUUCCUCUACGUUGGGAGAGGGAACCACCAUCCUCUCCCUUUCCCAGCUCCCCAACGGACAGCUCCCUCAGGGACUCGCACUCCAGCUGGGUGAACAGACCUCAGCUACCAUCCCCACUCUGACCCAGAUCCAGUCUCCACUAGGCCAUCACCAGAUCAUCUCUCAGUCCAAAGAGACAAUCCCAGGCCAGUUGGUUCCCCUCUCCCUGCCCCAGCUGGUGCCUGUCUCCUCCACGGGACAACUCUCCUUCCCUCAGGUGGGCCCGUCCACCCCUUCUCUAUCUGGAUCUGGUGGAGCCUUCCAGAUCCUAACCUCGGCCCCUGGAAGUGGGAUGACUCAGGGGCCCUUCAGGAUAAACCAGCUGGGACCCCUCCAGACUGUAGGCCCCCCGACCAGCAUGGCUCCUGGUGUCCAGCUCCUCAACUCUGGGGUCAUUCAGCUCCCCUCCGCCUCGCCAGGGAAUCUCCUCUAUGGUGGAAGCCCCAUCCUGAGUUACCAGAACGGCAAGCUGAUCCUAACUAUCCCAGCUGGCAUCCAGUUCGGCAGCCUGCCCAUGAAAUCCGUCCCUGAGGCUUCUAACCACCACACCAACGGAGUAGGCCCUGGACUCACCCUCAACCCUGUCAUCCAACCUACACCUACUCUCCUCCCAGUCUCCUCCUCCGUCCCAACGUCCAACACCCUCCAGACGUCCCCCCUCUGCUUCAUCAACUCCUCUCCGCUCUACUGCACUCCUGAGAUGGGUGUCCCCACCAACCAGCCCCUCUCCACCACCUCCCCACACACCCUGGACCUCUCUGCCACCCACACUCCUCCCAAUGCCCUCACCCCAGAGAGCAUGCUCUCCCUCAGCCCCAUGUGCAGCGGAGUGACCCCCACCACUCAGCUCUCCCACACCACCUGGAGCCCUGUCCCCCUCUCCACCUCUGCCAGCCUGACUAUGUUUGACGUCCGUGGGAAGGGAGAUCUGCCCGAGGACCCGCCUCUGCUGGACCUACCUGGAGGCGAGGCCCUGCUACUAGGCAGCACCUCUCCAGAACAGGAUGUGGACAGGGGGUCGCAAUUGGGGGACCCAGUGGCGAUGGAUGGAGACCCCAAGAUCCUCACCCAGCUACAAUCAGUCCCUGUGGAUGAUGGGUUGGGGCUGUAAUCCAGUCCCCCAGCCCACACCACCACAAACUGUUACAGAACAAUCUGUAAGGUUUUGUUUGUCUGACCUCAGUGCUCCUCCGGCUAGGUUUGCAUUGAGGAGUGGACAGGCUUUGACUCGUAAGAGAAAGGUGCUUUGACUAAAUAAAUCCUCUGCCGAUGAUCCUUUGGAUAAACCGUCAUGGGAUAGGCUGAUUGUAUGCAACGCGGAAUGACCUGGAGGAUGGCCUUUCAUACAGGCUAGCCUAUUCCCUGAUUUGUGUUACUCAACUGUCCACUGCUUAGUCUCCACAAUUUAAGCACUCAUCUGCCUUCCAUAAGCCCAGAGCCCUUCCUGUGUCCAGUAAGAGCACAACGUUUAUUUGUAAGGACAUUGCUACUUUUGUGCACAGACAUCCGUUUCAGCCAAGACUAUUUGUACUACAAGGGAAUGAAUGCCUUGGGUUUUAUAUGUGGUGUUGGUUGAGCAGUAUGCCACGGCCAGGCUCUGUCUUAAGUCUCUAAACGCAGUCAAAUGCAGACACAGACGAGCGUUCAGUCCUGUUGAGUUUGUGGUUUUGCAUGGCUGCUCACUCUAGUGCUAGUGUAGUUUUGAGUGCUGCCGAGUAUUGCACGGUUUGGCCUCGGUGAAGGCUACAGAGAGUGGACUGACAGUGGCACCAGAGACCCCGGACUUCUAGCAUUGCGAUGGACUGUGUACCCUCUCUGUCAAAACUGGUCAGCAGUGUCACCGCAUCAAUGGCGCCAGCUCAUCAUUUAAUGACAUUUUGGUAUAAAUGCUAAGCGCUAUCACUUCUGAGGUAUGUAGGAGGAAAUGGGAGUCCCCUGAGAUUUCUUUGUUCGUUAGUUUUUUUUACUCUAUGCAAUCAAUGCAUGUUCCUCGUGUAAAUAUGACCAUGUGACACAGAUAUGACAUGUAUUACAAGCAGUAUGUAAGCAAGUCUAAUUGGGAUAGACCAAGCUUUUAUUAAAGACAGCCUUUUUAUACA